AUGGAACGUCUUGGUGGACGAGAACUUGUACAAAAAGCUUCGCAAUUGAUAGCGAGUAAUAAACUAGAUGAAGCUGUAAAAAUUUUCGAUUACCUUGUGGUAAAAAUACCUGAUGCACCUUUACCACUAUUAAGUAGAUGUACUUGGUAUGUGUACAUGAGAGCGCUUAAAAAAUAUGAAAUAGCAAAAAAAGAUGAUGAAGAAUUAGCACCAGGAAAUUCAACAUUACAUUCUGUAGCAUAUGUAAGGUUAGCAAAAUGUUAUAAAGAAUUAGGACAAAUCGAAGAAGCAGAAAAAUUAUUAAAAAAACGAUUGGAAAUAGAAAAAAAAACAAUAAAACCCCAAGCCAUUCAAGGGAUAAUCGAUGAAGAAGAUGAAGACAUUGAAAAGGAUAAUGAAAGAUCGGAAAAGCUAAGAUUACAAGGGAAUGAAUUAUAUAAACUAAAAAAGUACAAGGAAAGCUCAGAAAUUUACUCGAAAGCAUUAGAACUUGAUCCUAAUGAUAUCUUGGUUCAUUCAAAUAAAGCUCAAGUGUUGUUAAAACUUAAUGAAUUAAAUGAUGCUUUAAUUCAUGCAGAAGAAUGUAUCAGAAUAAACGCUAAAUGGCCGAAAGGGUAUUACCGUAAAGGCAAGGAACAAUCUUUAUUUAUUUCUUCAUUAUGA